GAAUCGAAAAAAAUUAUGGAGAAAUUUAUCCCGUCCAAAAAAAAUGAAACCAAUUAUAAAUUAUAAUAAAAAUGAAAUAAAAUAUCGUGGUGAAGAGUCUACUCUUUUUCAAGCAAUUUCUCCAGCAUUUUACAUAAUUCGCGUUUUUGGAUUAGGACCCUAUCAUUUUUCAGGCGAUCGUUUGGUACCAUCAAAUGUUCAUUUAAUUUUUUCUAUUAUUGGACUUUUAUUUAAUUCUUAUGUUUCAAUUGGAGUUUUGAUACGAUUUAGCAUAAAGGGAAAUCAACCAAUUUUAGGAGUAACUGAACAACUAAAGGUAAUUAUGAAUUAUGGCACUUCGAUAGUGAAUAUUAUAGUAGCAAUGUGCACUAGAGAGAGAAUUGUUCAAGUAUGGACUAUGAUUCAAGACUUUGAUUAUGACACGAGCAUAUUGGGAUUCCCACAAAUGGAAAAUGGAACUAAAUUUAGAACAUGGUGUAUAAUAUUCAUCAAUACGAUAUUAUGGGUAUGGAUCAAUCAAGCGGGAAUGUUGGCAUUUUUUGAGACAUGGUUACAAAAUGUAAGCUAUCUAAUGCUCUAUAUUGCCACUUGUGUUUCCGUUUAUAAAUAUGCAGGUCUUGUCAUUAUUAUUGGAUCAAGAUUCAAGCACUUGAAUAAAAUUGCCAAAAUAUGUAGCCCUAAUGAAAAUGGAUGGCAUCAUUUGCCCAAAAUUGAAUCGAAAGUAAUUGAAAAAUUACAUGAAAAUCUAAUGACUGCUAGUAGAAAUUUAGAUUCAGCAUAUUCUUGGCCAUUAUUAUUUUGGCUAUUUAAUUUGUGUUCGCACACUGUUAGCAACACUUAUUUUAUCAUUACUGCAUUUAUGGACCACGAUUUUGAUAUUAUUAUUCAAAUUUGUUUGGCAGGAUGGUUCAUUAUUUAUGUUAUGCAACUUAUUGUAUUGCAUGUUGCCUGUGAUUUUACAUCGAAUGAGGCUAAUCGUUUGGGGGAUAUUUUAUUAAAUUGGAGAAAGUGGCAAGUCUUUAAUGACGAUGCUAAAUUCGAGUCCACUUUAUAUUUGUUAAAUUACAAAUUAAACUUUUCAGCUGCCGGAUGCUGUUAUGUGAAUUUACUAUUAUUGCGUUCGAUUACAGGAAUAUUGUGCACAUAUUUGAUAAUUCUACUUCAGCUUCCUUAGAUGAAGAUUAAAUUUUUUUUUCCUGGUAAGUUUUUAUUCUAAAAAAA